ACAGAACUUCAAUUCAAUUUCCAUAUAAAAAGUUUUCGGAGAAAAAUCUGCACUUAAAAUGCUUAAAAUAUUGGAUCGCUUUAAUCAAAGCCGACAAAGUAUUAGCCGAAGAAUGUCUGAAAAUCAAUCCGUUUUGGAUGGAGAAGAGUGUGGACGCGAUCGGAGAUAUGAGUCUAUUAGAGCUCAUGAUUCCGGGCACUCAUAACAGCGCCAGUUAUGGCCGAUUCAGCCAUAAAGACAACACACUUAUGAGCAAAUACUCGUUAUGUCAGGACGAGACUGUCUUCAAUCAACUGGUCUAUGGUAUCAGGUUUUUGGACCUUCGCGUGGCUUACGAUACGGUAAACGGGAACCGAUCCAAGCUAUGGAUAGUUCACGGACCCGUCCCUAUGAAACAGACACUGGAUUCAGUGCUGCUUCAGGUGCGGCGCUUCGUCGAAUUGGCGCCCAAAGAAGUGCUGGUCAUUGACUUUCACCGGUUCGAGAAGGGCUUCAAUAAGGAUGAGAUUUCGCAACGAUUGCUGCGAAGACAUCACCGAAAAGUUUUAGCACUCAUUUUGAAACAUUUGUCCGCAUAUUUGGUGCCGCAGACUAUGGGUCUCCACUCGACGCUCAACGAACUCAUUGCCAACAAUAAGCGAGUGAUUGUCGGCUACGCCUCUGACCAGUACUUGUCGAACAAGACGUUUGUGUUUCCAAAAGCGAGACAUUUGUGGCCGAAUACCGACGACACCGAAGAGUUGGUCGAGUAUUUCAACGAAACGCUUUGCGAUAUAUAUCCGAAUCAGUUGUUCUCAGCGAUGGUUCAGUUGACGGCCGAUAAGUUCGGCAUUAUUAUCGACCGAUACAACGGGUUGCGGACAAUGGCCCACACCGUCAACCCAGAGAUCGCUAAGGGCUUCAGCGCUGAUAGUCCGUUGGGUUGGGCCAACUGUGCCAAUGUUGUCGCCUCAGACUUCUUCCUCAGCAAUAACCUCAUCGAUAUAUCAAUCAAAACAAAUCUCAAUCGAUCCAAACGAUCGGCAAAUCACACAAAAAUGGAUUCAAAAUUAAAUUAAUAACUGAAGUGAGAAUUAAAUUGUAUAGAGUUUUGUAUUAAAUC